AUGUCAGACUUGAUUAGACGUCGUAGGGCGGUGACGACUACACCGAGUUUGGAGCCCCCGGCUCAGCCGGUAUCAGCUGCCACUGCUCCAGCACUGAUGGAGCAGGACCACGUGCUAGCUGGUCCUGGGGGAUCCCAGGCGGCUGCAUCAUCAUCUUCUUCGGUGGUGCAGCCUCUUAGCGCUAGGCGGCGACACCGGCCCGCUACCACCACCGACACCACAUCGACUGACUGUACUGGUGCCUCGGGGGCACCUCCAGCCAAGAGGAACACCCGAGGGCCGUGUCGGCAGUUGAAGAAGGCGAAGGUCACCCGGGUGACCAACAGUCGUAUCAGCAUCGGAUAUGACGAGCGCCAUCGGGCUGCACCGACGGCGGACUUGCAUAGCUCCUUGGCCCACGACAUUGGCCACGUCGUUCGGACCCAUUGCCCGAUGCAAUGGAAGUCUUGGAAGUUCAUGCCUGACAAGAUCAAGAUGCAAGUUCGCGGCCAGUUGUCGAUGAACUACGACUUAGAGGACAUCAACGAGGAGACCUUGGCGUACGUCAACAGACUCUUCGGUGAGAGGUACAAGCAGUGGAAGAGCGACUUGCACCACCAUUUUCAGGCGUUUGAUGAUCCGCAAGUCGCUCUUCAGGAGGGUUGCCCGAAGGAGCUUGAGGUGCGGGAGGAUAGUUGGGCGUGGCUCUGGGCUUAA